AUGGCGGCGGCCUCGCGGGUGUUCGCCUUCCGCGAUGCGCGCUGGGCCCCCGACCCGGUGCUGGAGCCGAGCGCGGCCGUGCGGACGCCGCAGCCGGUGCCGCUGGUGAUCGAUAACGGCUCCUUCCAGACGCGGGCGGGCUGGGCCUCCGCCGACCCCGCCGUCCCCGCCGAGCCCCUGCUGCGGUUCCGCUCGCUGGCGGCGCGCAGCCGCGGGGCCCGCGGCGGGGCCGGCGCCGAGACGCAGGUGGGCAACGACCUGGGGAGCCCCGAGCCGCUGCGGUGGCUGCUCCGCUCGCCCUUCGACCGCAACGUGCCCGUUCAGCUGGAGCUGCAGGAGCUGCUCCUCGACCAUGUCUUCCAGCGCCUCGGCGUCGCCUCGCAGGGUUGUGUUGAUCAUCCAAUUGUUUUGACAGAAGCGGUGUGCAAUCCUCUGUAUUCGAGACAAAUGAUGUCAGAGCUCCUCUUCGAAUGUUAUCAAGUGCCAAAAGUGUCCUAUGGCGUAGAUAGCUUGUACAGUUUUUACCACAACAGAAGGCAGAACUGGCCCUGCAGUGGUUUGGUAAUAUCUUCAGGUUAUCAGUGUACGCACAUUUUGCCAGUCUUAGAAGGCAGGUUGGAUGCUAAAAACUGCAAACGUAUUAAUCUUGGAGGGUGUCAAGCAGCUGUAUAUCUUCAACGCCUCCUUCAGCUGAAAUACCCAGGACAUUUUGCUGCCAUCACUCUCAGUCGCAUGGAGGAAAUACUGCAUGAGCAUAGCUACAUUGCAGAGGACUAUAUAGAAGAGCUACAGAAGUGGCGGUCCCCGGAGUACUAUGAGAACAACAUGCACAAGAUGCAGCUGCCUUUCUCUAACAAACUGCUGGGAAGCACUCUGACAUCAGAGGAAAAGCAGGAGAGGCGGCAGCAGCAAUUACGUCGACUUCAAGAACUCAAUGCACGUCGUCGAGAAGAGAAGCUGCAACUUGACCAAGAGAGGCUGGACAGGUUACUAUACAUACAGGAACUUUUAGAAGAUGGUCAAAUGGAUCAGUUCCACAAAGCUUUGGUGGAGCUGAACAUGGACUCUGCAGAAGAACUUCAGUCUUAUAUCAACAAAUUGAGUCUGUCUGUUGAACAAACGAAGCAGAAAAUCCUACAGGCAGAAGUCAAUAUUGAAGUAGAUGUUGUGGACAGCAAGCCAGAGACUCCCGAUUUGGAUCCAUUAGGCAGUGAACAGUCACUGGAGGAUGUGGAAAGUAUUAAUGAGUUUGAACCUUUAUUUGCUGAGGAACAGCCUGAGGUUGAGAAGCCUGUUGCUGCAGUGCAGCCCGUGUUUAACCUGGCAGAGUACCACCAGCUUUUCCUUGGCACUGAAAGAAUCAGGGCUCCAGAGAUUGUCUUCCAGCCCUCCCUGAUAGGAGAAGACCAGGCUGGUAUAGCAGAAACCAUGCAAUAUGUCCUUGAAAGGUAUCCAAAGGAACAACAAGCUAUUCUUGUCCAGAAUGUUUUUCUCACUGGUGGAAAUACAAUGUACCCUGGACUGAAAGCCAGAGUCCAGAAGGAACUCCUCGAAAUGAGGCCGUUCCAGUCAUCUUUUCAGGUUCACCUUGCUUCCAGUCCUGUUUUAGAUGCCUGGUAUGGGGCUAGGGAUUGGGCAGUGGAAUACAUGACCCGUGAGGAAGGCUGGAUAACCAGAAAAGACUAUGAAGAAAAAGGGGGAGAAUACCUCAAGGAACACUGUGCUUCAAAUGUCUAUGUUCCCAUUCGCCUUCCAAAGCAGGCCCCGCGGACAACAGAGGCAUUAGCACCAAGCAGAGCGCUGACAUCCAGCACAGGCAAUCCUUGUGAGCAGGCAUAGCACCGCGCUUGUGGCACAGACCCUCGGGUGGAGAUGACAGUGCAGAGAAAAGAAGAGUUACUGGCGUGUGGUGUGAGCUGUGCAUGGAGUGCAGGCCUCAGCCUAGCCUUGCUGGCUGCUCAGAGAGCACUGAGCAUCUCAUCCAGUUGCCGGGAGGAGGAGGACAAGCCGCGCCGGGGCGGCAGCUGGCAUGGUCGUAGCACUCGCAACGCUUAGCGCCGCUCAUGCGCAGCACAGGAGUAUGCAUCGGCAAGGAGGAACGCAACAGAAGUCCAUUCCGGAGAAAAAUACCAUCUUAUAAACUUUCAUAGUAAGACUCAGGGUUUUUUGAGAGUGUAUGUUUUACAGCUUUUUUUUUUUUAUUUAAUUAAAAUGUACUGGUUUUAUACCGCUUUUAUUGCGUGAUCCAGAAGCUGGGCUUGUAUCAAGCGAGGCAGGCCAGCAGGCGUCUCCCUCGCUCGUUGCAGCGAGCGUUUGUUGGUUGGAUGUGUUGGUUGGGAGGCAUCGUGCUGCUGGAGGCCGGAGGGGCAGAUCUGUGCCUUUCCUCCUGAGGCCACCUGCGCUCGCGUCUUGUUUGAUUUCCUUCCUGCUACACACUUUCUGCUAAACCACCGCCGAAUAAGCAGUGGGGUUUCAGAUACUUUUUGAGAUAAUUUAUGUCACUAAUAUCAAUGUCUUGGUUGAAACUGGAGACCAGGUCACCUAAAGCACUGUCCAGCUAUAAAGACAGAACCCUCCAUAAAGCGCAGUCUGGAAGUGGUUUUGCAAGAGUGGUGGCUGAGCAAGGCAGCUCUCGACUGGUGGGACUUUUUUAUCAAAAGUUGUUUUAGCAAUAAAGCAAACUCUUUGCUUUACCACUAA